UUGUGGCGGCAUGUAAUAAGGAUGCUGCGCUCUACAACUCGACCACUAGUGAGUUUUGACUGUACUUGAAACUGAAUUUGCCAUAGCCGCCGCCCCUCGGAGGAGAUGCAAUCCGUAGUUAUUAUCAACAAAACCAAAUCAGAAAUCGUAAUCAGGGUUUUUUACCGUAUUGGAGAUGGAGACGGCAGCGGCUGCUAUGGGUCUGUAGUUUAUAGACUGAAGCCUGAUGGAUACAAGUUAAUGAAUCCCUCGUACUUUGAGCGGUUGUCUAAGACCAUGUUCGCUCCUCUGGAGAUUCAUAUAUUCCGGGGAGGUGAAAGCGAAUUCAUCCGCUUUUCUCCGCUUGAGCUCGAUUUUUGUGACGGAAUUGUGGUCGAACUUGACGAUGAUACUGACAAAUUGGCCAAGAAAUUUGUUCAAAGGCGGAGAGUUUAUUCUCAUGCGUGGAUAAAGUACUGGAUUCCUCAUUUCGGGAUUAAAGAGAGGAUUGAUCAUAUCCUUUCAGCUCUGAGUACUGAGUCUGCUGCUGAGCCAGUUUGAGGCUAAAUUUCUGAAGGAAAUAAAGAAGAGGAUACGCAAAGUGGUUCAUGAUUGUGGCACCCUCCCUUUUGUUGGGAGUCUCCUGCUGGCUUUCGUCUGUUGUACCGUUGCUUGAUCACCCUCGUACAUGCACUUACUUUGUCUUCAAUUUGGUUGUGUGGCUUUUCUGAUCUCAGGUCUUCUGUGGAGAGUUAACAGUCUCGUGAUUGGGAAAAAUAGCUGCCUAAGGUGGUUGGAUCGCGGAAGGAUCGCCUACUGCCUGCUCAGCAGUAUUAAGUAUAUGUGUACAUUUCCGUGUUGUGUUGUUGUCCUGCAGUCAUUCCACACAUUUACACAAUGGAUGGCAAUGCCUUUUAUUAGUGCUCAAAUCUCGGAGGUAUCUUUUUGACGCAGGUUUUCGGUAGGUGUAAACUGUUAUACUCCAUGAUGUCCUUGAAUAGACAAUUCGUCCCUAAACGGAAUUGGAUAUGGUUUAUGCACAUAUUCAAAUUGUUUGUCCGUCAGCAACCUACGGUCAUA